UGGUUAUUAUAAUAUCUUAAAAACGUGAUUUGUCAGACCUGAAAAUAUUUUUCUGAGUUUUCAUCACAUUCGAUGCAAAUAUCUCAUUUUUGAAACCUUUUUUUUGAAACAUUCAUUUUGCCUCAAGCACCAAAAAUAAACAAAAUACCCCCUUGAUAAAAAAAAGGCGGGGUAUUUUUCAUCAAAAUUAGAUUUUCCCUCCCAAUCUAUUCUUUUUUGGUAAAUCCACUUCAAAAAGGUUACUUUUUCAUGGUUUUGAUCCAUUUCUUAUUUUAUUAGUGUUUUAAAAAUCAAAACUAACAAAUAAUUAUGUUUUUUUUGAUCUGAAACAGAUCAUAUUCCUACUUUUGAUUUUACUCCUUUUUUUCAAAUAUAAAAAAGAGUUUUAUCAUACCCUUCAAAUGGCAAGAACAAAACAAACAGCGAGAAAGAGCACUGGUGGAAAAGCACCACGUAAACAAUUAGCAACUAAGGCAGCAAGAAAAUCAGCAGUACAAGGUUCAUCACAAGGAACAAAAAAAUUACGUUUUAAGUCUGGUAUGGUCGCUUUAAAAGAAAUCAGAAGAUAUCAGAAAUCGACUGAAACUGUUGUAAGAAAGGCCCCAUUCCAAAGAAUGGUAAGAGAUAUUACUUCUAAAAUCAGAGAUGAUAUGAGAUAUCAAGCACAAUGCUUGUCUGCUUUACAUGAAGCAUUCGAAAAUUACAUUGUUGGUUUGUUUGAAGACGGUCUCCUUGCUGCCAAUCACGCUAAGAGAGUAACAGUCAUGCCAAGAGAUAUUAGUAUUGUCGGUAAACUUAGAGGCAGAUUUGGAUUCUACUAAUUACUAAAAGUACCUUUACACGUAUAGCAAAUAUUUUUUAUUGUUUCUGAUUUAUUUGAUUUUGGAAUUUCUUUCUUUUCGAAGAUUCUAAUUUUUUGUAGAUUCAAUUAUUUUUUUGUUGUUUUUUGCUCUUUUUUUCAAUUGAGAGCGCAAUGUUACUAAAAACGGAAGGUGUUGACAGCUACUGCUAACAUCAUUUUUUUAAAAAUAGGUCGUAUGCAUUCACGUAAAAUGGUGAAUAUGUGAUAGAAAUACAUCUUCAUUACGUAAAAACGUAUCAGUCAGGUUAAUUUGAAAUAUUAACUUGAAAUUCAAAUAUUUGUUUUGCAAUUUUUCACUACAAAGACAAACACUCAAAGAUGGUUUUCUUGUUGGAGUAAAUUGAUUAGUUUUAAAUAAGAAAAGAAUUACGUUUUUUAAAAAGUUAGUUUUAUUGAUUUUCGUUUCUUGAGACUAUUCUUAGAAAUAUAAUUGAAUGCGCAGAAAAUUUUCCUUAUGACAGGAUGGUUCUGAUUUUGAUUAAACAUGAUUAUUUAUUGAGACAUGACUAGAGAUUUUUGCUGUCAUAAGUUUUGAACUCAAUUCAGUUGAAAAUGUAGAUUUCAAGCUUUCUUAGAAGUCUUCGAUUUCAAACUGAAUAGGUUAGAAAAAAACAAAAAAUACAAACAUUUGAACUGUUUUAAAUCUAUAAAUUGACACCAGAUGAAAUUUUCAUUUUCAAGUUUGAAUCAACAAUAGAUGUUGAUGAAUACGAUUAAUUUGAAAUGCCCUUGAAUAUAUGUCAAUUACAUCAUUGUUGUCGUUUUCAGCAGGCAUUUUUGCUACAGAACAUUCUUAUAUGAAAAAACCAAUUUCAACCGGACUUAUCGGAGCAACAACACUUUUUUACGCAGGUAGUUUGUUAGAAUGGGAUAAUUUAGUGGCUCUACAGCCAAUUAAACCCUAUAGGCCUGGUUUUUGGUUUUUCUGUGGUGGUAUGAGCAGUUUAGGACUGAUAACUGGUGGUUUUCUUCGAAUGGCCACUAAAAAGUCUUCAUUUGAGAUAUUUCAAGACAUUUUGCUAUCUAAAAGUGUUUUUGCACUGCCAUACAAACAAAAUAAAAACAAACAUUGAAAUAAAGCAAUAAUACUAAGAUUUUAAAAUCAUUUAUUUUUCUUUUUAAAAUGUUGUAGCAAAUUCGGUUUUGUGUCGAAUAUUUGACUUUCUUGUAUGUUGAAAAUAUUCUCAUUUUUGCAUAAUUUUUUCUGCCAAACAUCUAUUUCAUCAAAAGUUUGUAAUACCGUAUUUUUUUCAUCUAUUAGAAAAGUUUUCAUCUUAAGAGGCUGUUUUAUCAGUAAUGUGCCAUGUAAAACUGUUUCAGUCUCAUUAGUGCCUUCUAAUUUAGCAGUAUUAAAUGGUAUCUUGUCGGUAUGUUUUGGAAAGGUGAUUGGAACAAUUUGCGGUUUCAUAGGAUUGAGGGCUUAUUGUCGCUACUUUUAAUUUUUUUGGAACUUUGUUCAAUGUUUGAAUGAAAAUAUUUUCGACAAAUGUCAAAUUCAUGUCAGAUGUCAAAAAUUUCUCUAAAAACAAUGAAUUCUAUUGAUAUUCAACUAAAAAACUAAGUUCUCCGCGUUUUGUAAGUGAAUGAACAUUUGAUAGUAAAUUAUUUUCAUUAUGAGACUUUAUUAUAGAGUAUUUUUUACUUCUGUUCUAGAAUUUUUGAGAAUGUAAAUGAACAAUUUGAAUACCCUUUAUAAAAGCAUGUCUAUGUCUGACAAAAGCCAUCAAGCAAAAAAAGAGUCUCUACCCGAUAUUUUUCUGACAGGAGAUCCAUCACGUGAUAAAAUCAUCAAAAUAUUCUUCAAAGCAUUUCAAGAUGUGAUUCCCGAUUCUGAUUCUACAGCGUGUGGAAAAAUUGCCUAUGAAAUAGAGUCAUACAUAAGAAAUAGGAGAAUAGAUGCACAAACAGUAAAAACUAAAUUUCUGAACUUGAAAAUGCCACAAAAUCAAUUAUGUUAUAGGAUUUAUUAUAACGAACUGUCAAUCGGCGAUUUUUUCGAUUUGACAGUCGAGCAAAUGAAAUCAACACAGAUGAUUAAGAAUGAUGCGAAAAUGGUAAGAGAAGGUAUUUCCAAUUCACAAAUGGCAGAAUCUGGUGAAGUUACGACCCUUUUCACAUGUGCAAAGUGUAAGCAGAAAAAUGGUAGAUAUAGACAGCUACAAACAAGAUCUGCUGAUGAACCGAUGACCACAUUUGUUUUUUGUCAAUGUGGACAUGUUUGGAAGUGCUGAAUGUUCAAAAAAUAAACAUUUUCUCUUUUUCUAUACUUUUUAAAGUCUGUCGUUUGAAUUAGAAUUAACAACUUGACGAAGAUCUGUAUUUUCCUUGAUGAUUUCUCCAAAUUAUUUGUUCUAUUCAUUUAGUCAAAUUAAAUUGUUUUCUGAGUAAAUUUAAUCUGCUCUCGAGCGGAGUGAGCUCAAGCGUAAUAAAUUACACAAUCGACUGUAAUUUGCAAAAUUUAAAAAAAUCGAGGUUACUGUUUAAUAUUGAGUGGAUAUCACCUCUAUUUCGUUUUUUUAAACAAAAGGAAUAAAAUUGUGUUGAUUUUUCAUAUUUUCAUCAACGUCUUUAUGAAAGAAAGGUGAAAUGAUAGAAAAAAUGACACUAAAAAAGCUUUAGGAAGAGUCAAAUAUAGUUAUGUGAAAACCAAAAAAUAUAGAUUCAAUACAACCUCAUCAUUUUUACUUUUUGGUGUGAUUGUUUCAGAGAUGCCUCGGCACAAGCUCUGCACAAGUCGAAGCUGGUGCUAAGACUAGUUUUCUAGACAGAAAUAAAUUUUUUUGAUGCUUAUUCAAAACCAACAUAUCAAAUUUUUGUUAAGAAAAUUUACAUAGCUUUGUUUUCGAUAGUGCUAUUGAGGCAGAUCUCAUCUGAGUGUUGUAAAAAACAUUACUUUCAUUUCAAUAAUGAGAGAUCUGCCCCAAAAAAUUGAAAACAAAGUGGAAGAAGAUAAAAAAAGAAAUGAAAGAUCUUUAAUUUAAAAGGCAUUCCUAUUUUAUAACUAGUUGAUGAUGGUGCAGUACAAAAGUAAUUUUUUAUAUGAGAAUUUGCUUUCAUUUGCUGGUCCAUGGGCAACCUUGGUCCUUUUAUUGUUUUUGCACUUCCAUAAUUUCAGUGUUCAAUAUGAAAAUUUCGUACAGUUUGUCUUGAAUCAAUAGUAAAAUGAGCUCAAUUAUAUAUCCCGACAGAGUUUUACAACAUUCUUGUCGAGAAAUGUUAAUUUUUACAGAGAGAGUUUCAAAAAUCAUCAAGUUCUUGAAAUUUUAUACACUCUUUUUUGCUAGUUUCAAUUUCAAAAUCCUCAAAUUCUUGAAAUAUUUUUACCCCAAUGUUGUUCAAAAAAAAUAUGUUAGUUAUCAUAACAAAAGGCAGAAUGGCAUCAUGUAAAGGUGUUAUUUUGGACGUUCUACCUGAUAAAAGACUUCUAGUCACAGGUUAUAUUAACAGACGUAAAAGAAACAGAGAGACCAAGGGAGCAAAAUUAUUCCUCAAAAGAAUGAACCCAACACAUGUUUUGGCCACAAGUCAUAGUAUUUCGGUCGAUUUCACAUUGAGUGAAUCCAUUUUUGAAGAUCAAAAGGCCAAAAGAGAGACACUAAAUCAAAUUGAAAAUCUUUUGGAUAAUCAAAAAGUAGCAGAAGCCAAAUGGAUGAAGAAAAAACUUAUUUUCAAAUAAAUUUAAGUUUCUCACAUUCUUUUACGUUUCUAAAAUGUUUUUAGUUCGAAAAUAUGAAAAAUUCAGCAAUAGGUCCCAAAUAUUUUAUUCAUUUUCUUGCAUCCCUUAUUCCUUCAUGACAGAUAACAGAACUCCAUCUAUCGAAAGUUUGACUAACCACGAGUUUUUAGAUUUUAUAAAUUCCGAUUUCACUGCAUAUUACAAUUAUCUAACAUUAGGUGGUUCUCAAGAUGAUUUGAUCAAAAAAAUGGACUGUAAUAUACAAGAAUAUCAUAUUUAUUUCCCUAAUAGACAAAAUAGAAAAUGUUAAAAAAAAUAUUCGUAAAAUAAAAAAUGUUUACAAAAUUGAAUGUAGCUCAGAAAACAAUUUUCAAAAUAACAGAUUGGUUUAUGAAAUAGCGAUUCACGAUAAAAACACUGCUCUUUUACUUGUCAAAGGCAGAAAAUGGCCGUUGCAACAGUUUUACACAGAAUUGCAGAAAAUAUGUGAGAAAAAAACAAAAUGAACAUCCUUAGUGUUUGCAAAUUUCUACUAAUGAUACAAUUGAAUUUAUUCGAAUGAAAUAUUCCGUGCAACUUUUAUUUUUAAGUUCUUAAAUUCUCAAAAUCUUAAAAUUUUGAAACUUGAAUGGAUUGAUAUCCAAAAGACUCAAAAUUCUUUAAAAUCUUAAGUUCAUAAGAUUUUUUUAGUCUAAAUGUUGGUUUAGACAAUUUUUUUUCGAAAUUUUCACUUCUAUAAAUAUUUCCGUAUGAGCUUUUUCAGUCAAAAGGUGAUCUUUUUUGCCUUAAUCGUUUAUUAGAUGGUUCAAAAUCAUCAUCAUAGAGACUUUUACGUCUUUCUUGCACAAUUAUGUCCUGGUCAAAAGCUCUGCUUCUCUGUUUUGAUUUUCUUAUACUGUCAUAUAAUUUUUUUUGUAAAUUUUCAUUUGUUUCCAUUUUUGAAUAUUCGCCCCAAUAUUUAUCGAACAAUAAUUUGUCCAUUUCCAUAAAUUCUUGAACUAAUCGUGUGAUAUAUUGUCUGUCAGGAAUGUCCCAAAAUUUUCUAUUGAUAUUGAACAUAUUUUUGAAAAUAGCAGGGAGAAUAUUUUUUACAUUCAAUCUCAUUUGGUAACGAAAUUGAUCACAGAAGAUGUAUUUUUUUAUUAUACUUACCAAAAGAUGAUGCUCGUUCUCGAAUGCUGAAUUCAAAAAAUAGCAAAAAUGCUUGGUGUAAUCCUCUAGAUUUUUGUAUCCUGAGAUCAGAACAACAAAAAAAAUCUCAAAGAUUGUUUUUUUCACAGGUGUAGGCGAAUGUGAAAAAAUUUCCAUGAAAUAAUUGAAUAGUUUUUUGGUAUAAAAAGAGGAAAUAAAACAGACACUCUUAUAUAGAUUUACAGCACUUGUUUGAUACAAACAGGCAUUUGACGGUGUAAGCAAUCUGAAGACGUAAUUAUCGAUAAAUGAUUGCAAGCUGUAUUUUGAUUGUGUUUUUGAAUUGUGUGAUGGCGCAGUUAUCGAACCAUUUCGAUUUAUCGGUUGUCCAUCAUAUGAAUCAUUCAGAAGAGAACAGGAAAAUCGCCUGUUUUCUUUUUUGUUGAAAGGAGAGUUGUUAGGACUGUUCUUAUAAUCUGAAUUCAGAAACCGAGUCAUAUCUGAUCCAAAAGAUCGUCUACGAUCUUGAGACUUAUCAUCCGAUUCAAGAUAAUCUCUUACUAUAACGGUGGUUGAGAGAUCAAGUAGAACGUCUAUAUAUGUAAAAUUUCUACCGUUUUCAAGAUAAAUCGUUAAUUCAUUGUAAAGUAGAUCUAACAAAACAGUUUUUAAAUUGUAAGGUGGAUUGUUUUUUUCUAUGUUAGAUGUUUGAGGCUCUAUUUUAUCAAAAUUGCCACUGUUUGUAGGUUGAACACUACUAGAUUGUGUUUUUAAAUGAGUGACAUCUCUGUUAUUCGAUUGAGGUCUUUCUAUCGAUUCUGUACUUAUCUGUGAAAUUUGACGAAAAGAUAUAUCAUUUUUGAAUCUAUUGUCGAAAUCUAAUUUAGUUUCAUUUUCCCAUUUACAAGCAUUUUGCAUCAAAAUUUGCCAAAUACUUGUCAUAAGAGCUUUAUUUUGAGAAUUCAAAAGAUAAACCAUUCUGUAUAAGUUCGGCAAGUCGUUUGUAUUGAAAGAUUUCAUAAAAAUUACCUGUGUACAUCUUUUAUGAGUAAUGAAUUCUGAAAAAACAACUAGCUUGCCAGAAAGAUGAACAUGGAUUCUUUCAAUAUUAUCUUUUAGUUGCAACAAUAUUUUAUGAUCAAAAGCAAGCUUGCCUGACAUUUGGUCCUUUUUGAGCAUUUCAUUUCGAGAUUGCUCACAUUUUAAUCGAUGAAAAAUUUUGAAAAUAUCCUUUUUCAAGCUUGUGAGGCCAAAAACCAAUUGGUUUUUGUUAGAUCGUUCAGAAAAUAAUAAUCUUAAGUUACUAGAGUAAAUAGAACUAGGCUGGUCUUCAUCAACUGGGCGUCUUCUUUUAUUUUCAUUGGCUUCCUGGUCAGAUUUCGUAUUUUCUGUGUGAUCCGCAUUGGAAAAUCUUCGCUUUAACAUUGUUCUACCGAGUGAUUUCACAAUUGGUAAAUCUGGGUUAAAAAUUUUGGGUGUCUUUGGUGAGGCUUCACAUUUUUUUAAGUGGUCAUUGCUUAGAUGAAAAGAAAAGCUAUUUUGGUCCUCAGGACUUUUUGAUUUAGAUCGUUGUUUUUCACUUUUGAAUUGUUUAGAAUAAUCGUCAUAUUGUUCCCGAGCCUGCUCGUUGAUGUUAUUAAAGUGAUUUUGUCUUUUUUCAUUUUCAAUGAUGCUCGUUUCUGCUUUAAAUAUCUGUUUCUGUUCAAAUUUACCUUGUUUGAAUUGACUUUUAUCCCUAACUUGAAUAUCUUCAACAUUCGAAAUAUAAGUGUUUUCUUCCUCAGUCUUUUUAUUAGUUUGGUUUUCUGUAUUGGAGUAUUCCGAUUCCUUUUUUUUGUCCAAUCGCUCGCACGUUGGCAUUUUCUUGCUUAUGUUGUUUUUUAUGUUUUAUGAAUAUUCUUGGGGUUGUUGAGCUAUUUUAUGAAGGCACUUUUCUCCAAAGUAUUACAAAUUUGUAACUAUACUUCAAAAUUACCUGUUUUGUUUGAAGAGGUUUGAAUUGUAUAUCGUUUGAUCUAUGAAUAAUUUCUUGUUUCCUUUUGUGAUUUAAGAAUCUAUAAGGGUAUUUGACCAAUGUAGGCACAAUCUACUCUUUUUGGUUGAAACCGAUAAGAAAUAUCAAUUUACUAAGGUAUCAAUCAAUAAUAAAUCAAUAUAUAAAUGAAUUGAUUCUAUUGAUAAUAAAACUUCUAUAAUUUUACAGAUUUUAAUUGAGAAAUAUUGUUUUUAUCUGAAAAGAUGUAAAUUAUUUCAAAAAUGGCAAAAAGUAUUGUGAUGGCGUAGCAGUAAAAAAGCGCUUUUUGAUAUUAUUUAUAUCCAGAAAAAGCUCUUUGUUUGAAUGUAGAUACUAUAUAUGGUUAAUUGCAAAUUAGUCGGCAAUAAGAAUCUAUUUUUGCCCGACAUCUUGCAUUUUGAGGAGCAAAUAUUUUCUUUAAAAACUAAAUAUUAAGAAACAUAACACCAUAUAUUGGAACAUAUAAAACUGACUGUAAAAUAUUCUCAUCUAAAUGAAGUACAAUUGUUUGUUAAGUGAAAUAAUAUGGCCGACAGAAAAAAAAGGUCGGGUAAAUUGGUGAGGUGUGUCGGGAAAAACUGGUUUUAGUAUCGAAUAAACAAAUUUCAAAUACGAAAACAAUUGAUCAUAUGUAAAUAGACAUUUAAAGUUCUCGAAUUUUGAAUAGAUUUCGAGGCACUUUUCCAAAUUUUUAGUUUUCAUAUGAGCCAUCAAAUUUCAAAGUUGUGCUUGCUUAAAAAGGUCUCGGUUCGUUUCUUAUAAACUUCUAUAUUGAAAAAAUUGAAGUACAAUUUAUUUUUACUUUUUGAUAUGUAUAGAUUAUGCCUUGCCUUAUAUCUUUUUAUGAUUUUUUGAAAAUUUAUCGAAAUUUGAUUCUUUGACCAAAUAGCAACUUGACUAUACACAAAAAUAGACAGCUGGCCAUCAAACUCGCGGUCCAACAGAUAAUCUGUUUUUCCUUACAGAGACGGGGCAAUUUUUAAAUUAAGAUAAAAAAAUUUUCUGCACAUCAAAAGAAGUGUUCUUUAUCUGAAAUCAAAGAAUAAAAUUUGAGCCUUUUGUCUAUUGUGAUCUGUUUUACGGUUUGAAAAAUGAAAAUAAAAUUUUGAAAAAUAUCUUUCUUCAAAGACAAACCUGUGAAGAUUGAAUGAAUAAUAAAAUGUUUCAAAUAAGUUUUAACGAAUUUAAACCACAAUAGUUUGAAAUAUUCAUAAGAGAUGAAUAUUGCUGAUUGUAUCAUUCAUACUAAUGAAUUCAAAACAUUUUUAAGACUCAAAUUUGACCAUUCAAUUGUAUAUUUAUAUGUUUUGAGAUGGGAAGUUUUUCAAUAGAUCAGUUUGAAGCUUUUUUUCCGCUUGAGGUGUUGAUAUUGAAGUGUGCCUCAAAAUUUAUCUAGGAGCGCUUUAUAAAACAAAAAUGUUUUCAUUUAAAAAAAAACACCUUCAUAGCAAAAAAAACGAAAAAAUAAAAUAUUCAUCGAUAAUCUGUUUUACUUUUCAGUUACCCAGAUUCCCUCCUCAUUCCGUUUUUCUGUUCCUUCACCCUCUUUUACAAUAACUGGUGUUUCAACUUUAUAAACACCGGUGAUUCUUCUAGGAUUUCCUUUGAGACCUAUAACACACAACAAUUUUCCUAAAGUCACUUCCUUUUCGACGAAACGAAAAUUAAGCUGAUUCACGUUUAUCAUAUUAUCUUGAUCUUUUGAGGCACAAACACUUGAUUCAUUUUCCAAAACGGGUUCAACAUGUAAAAGUGCCCUAUUUCUUGCACAUUUCGUGAAAAGAAAAGAUAACCAUUCACUCCAUUUUCCUUCCAUCAAAAUUACCAUAAUUAAAAAAAGAGCUGACUUAUUGCUUAUAUUAUCAAUUUUUUGGUAAAAUAUUGUUGAUAAAUCGAACAUACAUCCUCCCAAAUUUAUCAGACCAAGCGAUAAACCUUUGAAAAAAUCAACCAUUUUAUCACAAUCUGUAAGGGCUCCUUCUUGUUGAGAAAAAGAUGCAGCCUGGCCAUCAUUAUACGAUCUCUCUGUUUCGUUAUUCUGUGAUAAUCCCCCUAUUGCUUCAAUUACCUUUUUAUUACCACUGCCAGCACAAACCAUUCCCAAUCCAACCAAACGAUAAACCAAUUGAUCUCCUUCUAACACAUUUAUUCCUCUUAAAAGUGCGUCAAUCACUGAUUGAUCGUUUGUGCUGUUAAACAAUAAACCUAUAAAUAACGAAGACAGUCUCCUUUGCCUUAAGAGUCUCAUACAUAAAUCUUUGUCAUUUUUACUAAUCAAAGAGAUUGAUAACAUUGCCAUAUUUACAUCUGUAUAAUCGUCAUAUGAGUCAUCGAUGCUUUGUUGUUCAACUAUAUUAUUCUGAUUGUUCAAUGGAUUAUUGACAUUUGAUUGAUUAUUUAGAUUGUUUGUGUUAUUAUCAACCAAAUUUUGAUUGUUGCUGUUUAAAUUAUCGUUGUUCUGUUGAUUGAACCCCGAGUUUUCGUCAUCAUCAUGGUUAGCAUAAUUUUGUGAAAGAAUUUGUUCGAUCACAUCAGUUCUACCUGUUCCAUAAUAACGCAUUGCUAUCAACAGCAUAUUUACGUCCAAAGGUACAUUUUCUAAUAAGGUUUGUGGUAUUUCUUUUUUAUAGUACAAUAGAGAUAGGGAAAGAGCUCAAAUAUUUCUUGUCACACUGCUACUGUCAGCUGUAUUAUUUGUUUGCAAAAUUAAACUGGUUAUUACAUCUGAUAGUGUCUCAUCAGACGAUCCUAUCAUAGAACUGGCAAUAACAAACACGAUCAAGGCUCGAUCGAAAGGUAUUAAGGCAUUUUCUUCAUCAGAUGGAAUCGCCUGUUCCAGCAAACUAUCCACAGAGAGAAGGCCCCUGUCCCAUUUAUCAGUCAAAAACAUUGCAAUUAACAACUUGGCUCGAUUGUCAUGACUAUCCGGAAUAUUCAAUAAUUCAUCAUAUUUCUCUUUCAAAAGUGCCAUUGUAACCUGUUCCUCUUCUGUUUUGUUCAUUGCUAGAGCCAAAAGACCAUUUAUAUCAUCUGUGAGAAGGGAAAAGUCUAAAUUACCUGUAGAAAGAGGCAGCCCAUCCAAGCAAUUUAAUAGUUCUGCAUUGUUUUCUAUUGGUUGGCCGUCUAUUGAUUGAUCAGUGUUUUCUAAUUCAUUGUUUUCACAGGAAAGCAGGCCGUAAUUUGAAAAAGCCCAUUCAACCAAGUCACUUUCCUUGAUUCCUCGUUUUAUCCUGAAAUCUUUUUGUGUAUAACCAGCAAUUUUAUUGGGGAGUCCUUCUAUGUAUUUUUGAAUGACCAGUUCUGUAGAAAACCAAAUCCAUUUUUAAACGAAUCGUACUCAGUUCUGAUUUCGAUAAAAAAUUUUCUACUUGAUCAUUAAAAUUAUAAAGUUUCUGGUUCACCUCUUCGUAUAACUCUCUGGCACUGCUUAUUUGGUCCAUUGACAGUAACAUGAUCAACUGAUCCACUAAAAGGCCGUGCUUAGAAAAAAUUGAUAAAAGAGUGCUCUGAAGCGUGUUGCUAUUAAAUGUGUUAUUUUCGGUAUUAUUAUCUUGGUUUAUACGUAGGUCUACCUGUAUCACCAAUUUGUAAAAGUCCCUCAAUAUAAUCAAUUAUCCUUCUCACAUUAUAUUUAUCUGUAAGCUCUACUAUUUUAUUGAUUCUCUCCACCUCUAGUAGAUAAUCAAUCGUGUCAAUCUCUGAGUUUGUGUCAAUCAGAAAAGAAAGGCAUUCAUUCUCUAUUUUCAUCAAACGGCCGUAUAGAUUAUCAAAAAAGACACUUCUACUAGCCGCCUGCUCAUUUUCAGCAUUAUCAUUGGAUGAUAAGGAGAGAUCCUUUCGUUGAAACAGCUGAAUGAGCUGUUUCAUCAUUUCUUUGACAUAUUGAUGACCAAAUUCUUUUAAUGGUCUGAUCGAGUGUCUGUAAAGUAUGUCAUUCAUUAAAAGACUCAAAAUAUCUGAAAGAAUGGAUUGACAUUCUUUGUUUUUGUCUCCUUUUAAUGAUUUAUAUGAUGAGAGUAUCUCUGUAAGCUGUUAGGUGUAUUUUUUUAUCGAUUGCAAAUUAUUGUAAUCUUUUAAAAGAACAAUCAGAGAUUGUAGUGCAUUAUGUUUUAUGAAAGGAUCCUCUUCUGACAGCCUGUCUAUUAUUAUUGGUAAAUGAUCUGUCAGGUCUAUUUCUGUUUGUUGUGUCUCUUUUUUAGGUGAUACAUACGGUCUGCUGUCUGAGGUGUUCAUUUUGAAGGGGUCUUUUUUGUUUGUUUAAAAUUAAUUGUUGAAUUAAACUUGUUGAAUUAAACUGUAGGAUGUUAUUAUUAUUUGUUUCAUCCUAUAUGUACCAUCAAAAUUUUUAAUCAUUCUUAUCUGAUUGCUUAUCAGGUGACUUUCAGGUUUUGAACAUUCAAAAUUUAUAUUCGGAGUUGAAUUCUUUUAGCUUUGUGAAAUAAAAUUCGAAGAGAAGAUCACAUUCUUUUCUUGAAAUUUAAGGCUUAGCUCCAAGAUGAUUCGGACAAUGCUGUCAGUUGAAUAACAGAUUCAAAAAUUACGACUCUUUUCUUUUGGUUAAUCCUUGGAUCUUUAAAAGUAUGACAGGGAAUUGACACACAAAAUUGAAUUCAUUCUUGUUCUUUUAUGAUCACUAAUACAAUGAUUCCACUGACUAUUUGCAAAAACUAGAACUGUUCUGGCUCGAUCCGGAGCGGCAGUAAAAAAUUCUUUGAAAAUCUCUUGAUCCAUUUCUCCCUAUUCAUGUCUCACUGUGGCUGGUUGAUGAUUUUACUAUACGAAGAACUCAAAAGCUGAGACAACCUACAGAGAGCAAAAAACUUGAAUACAUUUAUUUGGUUUGUUCAGGAAUUUUUUAUUGGUCAAAUUGCUUACCUUUGAUAUGAUUCGAUAUGUUAUAAGAGAUCGAUUUUUAUUUUUUGAAAAAGACAAUCAACUUUUUAUACACAUGAUUUUCAGUCAUAAUUAAAAUCAUCGAAAACAAAACAAUUCACUGACAAAAAUUAAGCUUUUUUCUUAGUUUUCAAAGAGUGCUUUGAAAAAAUUGAAAAAAUGCGCCACGCUUUGCUCUUUCCGGAGUAAUAUGGUACGUGUUGGCUUCGGGCAUGAGCUGAGCCAGGCACUACUCAUUAAAAAUCUGUCUUAGUAUUAUGAAUGUAUUCGAUUUGCAAUUUUUCAAAAAUGUGAUCUCUUAAGAUCUGAGAAUGAUUCUUGAAAUGAGUAAAAAGAAGCAAAAAAAUCUAAAAAUCAUUUUACGAAGAAUUUUAAACGAUCCACUUUUUAUUUACCCGGUCCGAAUGACUAAAGAUUUUAUUUUAUCGCCGACCAUAACCAUGACUUUAUAUUGAAGAUGGCCUAACAUCAAUUUUUGUUUUAAUACAUUCAAACAAUCAGUUAACAGUUUUAUACACUCAUAGAUAGUCAUAUUAUUUGAAUAUUUCCUAUCUAAUAACCCGUAUAGAAAAAGGGAGGCAUAACCAUGACAUAUAUAAUUUUCUCUUAAUAAUACGCCGUUAUUGUCAAUUGAACAGAGAUUAUAGUUUUUAUCCAUAAGCAUGUAAUUGGAUUUACAUGGCGAUUGUGUUCGCAGAGAAUCAUGAACAGAUUUUUGAAUAAAGGAAGAAACAGUGUUGAUAUUAAUGUCAAUGUUUUUAGUCAACUCUACUAGUUUCAAAGAUUGUAUAAAAAAUUCUUUUCUGCCUACAGAAUCACCAAAAUCGCCACAAUGUGAUAAAAUAACAUUCUUAUUGACCAUUCUGAAUUUAUCGUGUUCAGCUGUAAUGUUUAAAAUACUUCUUGAAACUGUCAUGUCACUUGCAAUCAUAACAAACUUGUCAGUUCGUAUUCCUAUCAGGUUGUCCAUUUUUAAGGGCAAACAAAAUUGGCUCUCAUAAUUCAGUAAAACAGAAGCUGUCACUUUCAAAGGACAACAAUGAAUUCAAGAGAAAAAAUUUCUAAAUAGAAUUCAAAAAACACAAUUUAUUAUCUGGAACGAAAUGAUUAUUGUUUAUCACAAUAAACGCAAUAGCAGAGAUCGUUAUGCAAAAAAUGUGAACAAUCCGUGCAAUAAACAGUUUCACAGGUCGGACAUUUUUCUCUGCCAACCAUUUUACAAAUUUUACACUUGAGAUUGGCAGUAGAUGAAAUCGCUAAAAAGUCCCGUAAUGGAUAGCAAAAAUAUAAUGAUUGUAUCAAACUAGAAUUAACGACGAGCUGUGUCUCACAAAUUGGACAUUUAUAAGGCAAUUUACAUAUUUUUGUAUUACAAAUCGGACAAAUAUAGCCUAUAUUGCUCUUUUCAAAGCAGCAAAUGCAAUAAGAAAGCUCUGUGGUUAUAUUUGGGAAUCCUAACCGUAAUAAAUUGACAUUUAUCGUUGUGUUAAUCGU